UGCAGUUAAUCAUUUUUUUCUGUAGUAAUGUACCAUUCUAAUCAAUUUUUUUUCCUCCACAGAAUUAUGGUAAGAAUGAAUUAUUCUCUGUAUCCAAGGUCAAAAGAAUGAAUGGUCUCCUGACCUCACCAGCCAGCCGCUCACAAUCGGAAAAGGUCGCUGAAGCAUUCUUCCUUGGGAUCCUUUUCGUGAUCGCUUUCCUGGCCAACAUCACCAUAUGCUUCGCCAUGCUACAGCCCCACCGCCUUAAGAUCCCUGCAAAUAUAUUCCCUUUCUCCUUGGCAGUGGCAAAUUUAAGUCUAGCUAUUCUACAUACGCCAUUUACCAUGGCGUCAGUGAUUAUGGACCAGUGGCCAUUUGAUAACACAUGGUGUCAGACUUCAGGCAUGCUGAUAAAUCUGGUAUCUAUGGCGUCCAACUUUUCGAUAGUCACUAUUGCAAUUCACCGUUACUAUCUUAUUGUCAAGCCUCUGUCUGUUACGAUAAGUAGCCGUCGAGCGAGAACGAUGGUGGCAUUCGUUUGGUUCACCUCACUUGUCACAGCUGUUCCUCCAUUGUUUGGUUGGAAUUUUUACAGAUACAUUCCCGGGAAAGGGUAUUGUUCAGUUGACUGGGAAAAUGGCGGACCAGGCCUCGUGUACUCUAUUUAUCUGGUAGUUGUGAGUUUUCUUGUGCCGUUUGUGAUUCUUCUGUACAUUUAUCGCGCUAUUUAUAUGAAAACGAAGCGUCAAAGAAUUAAAACUGACUACAACACCCUUCAAGGACUUCGGUCUGGGUAUUUUUCGGACAAUUUACCUCGAAGAAAUUCACAGACUUGUUACCAAAAACUGGUGAGUUGUUUUAAAAGGAACAAUUCACAAAAUAGCACUUCAUCGCCUACAACUGGCUCCGAAAGAGAAAAUGUCUCUUCGCCAGCCACAUCGACAUCGUUUUCCUUCGAGUCAACCGCCCUAAGAAAUGACAAUACAUCGCAAAAAGAGGAGAUAAAGAGACGAAGAGAACUUCUAAGGCAAACUUUAACAAGUCAGAGCUCUGUAUAUGAACAGAAGACAGUUCAGAAUGCGUUCAUUUUACUUUUGACUUUCAUAGUUAACUUAGCUCCGUAUUACAUCAUCGGCCUUUGGUCGGGUUUUGCCCAGCAAACCCCUUCAGCGGUCUUAGACUUCAUUGUGACAUGGAUAUUCGUUUGCAUGACAGCUGUCAAUCCGUUGUUAUAUGGCUUUUUAAAUCGCCAAAUACGCCGCGUGGUCUUCAAGUCAGCCAUAGGCCAGUUCGUUAGUCAGGUUUGUAAAUGUUGGAAUGUAGACUUACAUUCCAGGUCUGACAGAGGCGCGAGUGGCUGGGGACGAAAAAAUGACGGAGUGGAUUCUGACUGUUGAAUGGUCUUUUUUCAUGGUAAU